AUGAGAAAUCAAACCACUAUCUUUGACUUCCUGCUCCUGGGCUUCUCUGAACACCCAGAGCAGCAGCCUCUCCUGUUCGGGCUCUUCCUGAGCAUGCACCUGGUCACCCUCUUGGGAAACCUGCUCAUCAUUCUGGCCAUUGGCUCUGACCAGCACCUCCACACCCCCAUGUACUUCUUCCUGGCCAACUUGUCCUUCAUUGAUACCUGCGUCACCUGCACCAUCACCCCCAAGGUGCUGGUGAACAUCCACACACAGCACCACAGCAUCUCCCACACUGGGUGCCUGGUGCAGAUGUACUUCUUCAUGUCACUGACCUUGCUGGAUGACUUCCUGCUGGCCGUGAUGGCAUAUGACCGCUAUGUGGCCAUCUGUCUUCCUCUAUACUAUACCAUGAUCAUGCAUCCCCAGUGCUGUUUUCUUCUGGUAGCCGUAGCCUGGUUCUGCUCCAGCCUGCUGGCCUUUUCACUCACUCUGAUGAUGGCUCAAUUCUCCUUCUGUGCCUCCCACACCAUCCCACACUUUUUCUGUGAUGUGCCCCCACUCCUCAAGCUUGCCUGUUCAGACACUCACAGCUUUCAGGUCACAAUGUUAACUGAGGCAGUUCUCUCGGGUAUGAUUCCACUCACCUGUAUCCUGGUCUCUUAUGCCCACAUCACGCACACUAUCCUCAGGAUCCCCUCUGUCGGGGGAAAGCACAAACUCUUCUCCACUUGUGGCUCUCACUUGACAGUGGUCACUCUUUUCUAUGGGACCCUUUUCCUCGUGUAUUUCCAGCCAUCAUCAUCCUACUCCACAGAUAACGGAAUGAUUGCAUCUGUGAUAUACACAAUGCUCAUCCCUAUGAUGAAUCCUUUUAUCUACAGCCUAAGGAACAGAGACAUGAAGGAGGCUUUGGGGAGGCUCUUUGGCUUGGAAAAAUGCUAUAUUCAAUAA